CCAUGAUAAUGUGAUAGAAGCAACGCUAAAUUGCAAACGGCUUCUUUGAUGUUGGGAGUUCAAAUAAUUUGAUUAGCGAAAACUUCUCCCAAGUCUUUGCGCCUGGCAUCAUUGUUCUACGGAUAUCUGUAUCAUGCGGGAACUCCGUUUGAAUUGGUUUGCACUUUCCGCGGUCGAAUGGACUCUGCAAUGUGACGCUUCGACACAGGCGGAAGCAGACUAAGACGACAUAGUUAUCAAAUCCAAUGCUCGCAUCAGCUGUGUAUCACACUAACUGUAGGUUCCAUCAAGGACUGGUUGUCCUUGAAGAAUCAAAUGAUCCACUCCGAAAAUACUUACUUUGAUGCCGAUGCUAUUACCAAAGCUCCGCGCCGGGAGUCUUCGCUCAACUCAUAGAAGGUGCAACUCAUCUUAUCGCCGCUAAAUACUAUGCGGUUGCAGCAUAUGUGAUGUUGGUUUACGAUAUCGCAUUAACUUUCACAACAGAAGUUGAGAAGAUCUGGAAGCAAAAGUUUACCGGACUCACUGUUCUUUGGUUCUUGAAUCGCUGGCUCUUUUUGCUCGAGGUCACCGUGGUCUACGUUGCCUACCUCGAUCCUGGAUGGGGUUUUGGAAGAUGCUCAAGGUACAUACGAUUUCCGGGAUUCGUUUUGGCGUUUCAGAGGCUAGUGGCAGGAACUAUCUUUAUGCUUCGAAUGUAUUGCCUUUACCAGCGUGAUUGGAGAGCUCCUUCUAUCAUUGCUUUCUUCCUUGUAGCUGAAUUCAUAACGAAGACGAUCGCUCUUGUCAAAUGGGCAGAAGCAGUGGUCUUACCUCCUGGGCUUCCGGGGUGUAUCCUAGCCGUUGCACCAGAAAACGCGAACAAAUACAUUUGGGGGUGGAUAUUGGAGAUCUUCACAGAUUUGUCCGUGCUCUGUUUGACUUUAUACAGGUCUCAUGUCAUGGUGCGACACGUCGGAGCUUUGGCGAAAACGCCUCUAUGGACGACAAUCCUCAAAGACGGCACGCUUUAUUUCCUGGUUAUGCUCGUCGCAAACUUGAUCACUGUGAUCAUGUAUCUGACGGUAUCACAAGACCUCAAAGCGAUAAAUGCAAAUUUUGGAGCUCUGAAUAUAAUGAUAGUCCUUGCUGCUGCCAGAUCUAUCAGCGUUCUCGUCUCAAGACUUAUACUCAAUCUCAAAGUCGCAGCGAACCGGUAUCCUACUAGUGGUCAUGAUACGAGCCAGCUCUCGGCCUCCAUAUGGAGCCCCAAUCCAGUGGAGAAAACAAUAUUUGGAAAUAUUGGCAAUGAGAUGGAAGGGUUUUCAACGAACAAUACAUCCAAUGGGUCGACUAUAGACUCUGGGCUCGGAGGGUCCAAAGAUUUGCACGAGCUCCGCGCAUUGCGGUGCAAGUGA